AUGACCACCUUGAAGCCACAGCUUGUGAGGGCUGAUACGCUCGAUUUGCAAGAUCACAGCUCGCCCUCGGCCAAAGACCACUCGAAACAACCCAAUCAUCCUUCGCCCUACGGAUACGGCCCAGCCGCGCCACAUCAAGCGCAGACCUUGAGGCAUGCCGAGCAUGAAGCAUACCAGGAACAGCAUAUAAGUCCUCGCGCUUCCGAGGAAAGAGUCAAUGGCGGUCUCCGAUCGGAUCAGCAUUUCUAUGACGAUUUAGACGACGAGCGAGAAGACGAAAACCCAAAUCCCCAGAAUGCUGCGGCGAACGGGGCCGGAUACAGUGGGCAGGACCUGGAUCAAGGGGACGGCGGGGAUUCCCAGGAUGAAGAUAUGGAUGAUGACCUGAUGGACAAAAUUUCAAGCUCCCCCUCAAUCGAAGAUGGUAAAUACUCCCUUCCCCUGUGGCCGCCACGAGUCGAUUCCGUGGAUUCUGAAGCUUCCCCGGCUUCACUUUCGACGCCGGCUCGAGGCAAUCCCUUCUCUUCCUCAUCACCAUUUUCCUCCACGCCCGAUCAUUCCCCCUUGCACCCGUCACUUUUAUUUUAUCCGGCAAGUCAUCAUGGUGAGUACACCGCAGACCAGGCCCGAUCGAGGACAGACAAGUAUUUCCCGAAUCGGCGGUCUGAAAAUUGGGAGACUUCAUCGGCGACGCCAGCAGCCAAUUGUUCCCCACCACACACCUACAUCCCACUUUCAGAGUCCCAGGAGUUUCGGAGAUAUCUACUGCCGCUUGACGAUCCGCUUCUAGCUGAUGCUGUCGAAGAUUAUGGCGGUGAUUUUCCGUACGACGAAGACGACGAGUGGGAAGACGAGGAGACCUACCUGCCAGCGCCUGAUUCAAGUUCGGAUGAUGACCCCGACGAUUUGCAGUUUUCUCCAGAUGAUCGCUUUGUCGACUCAGGAUGGGGAGGAGAAUGCUUACGAGAAACAGAGGACAUUGAUUUCGAGUUUGUUUACGCUCUUCACACGUUCGUCGCGACCGUUGAGGGUCAAGCCAAUGCCACAAAAGGUGACACCAUGGUGCUGCUGGAUGACAGCAACAGCUACUGGUGGCUUGUCCGAGUGGUGAAGGAUGGCAGUAUCGGUUAUCUGCCCGCCGAACACAUUGAGACGCCCACCGAACGCUUAGCCCGUCUUAACAAGCACAGAAAUGUGGAUCUUUCUGCUUCUAUGCUUGGAGACAACCCGGAGAAGUCGAAGAACCCCUUGAAGAAGGCAAUGCGUCGAAGGAACGCCAAAACAGUCCAAUUCGCACCUCCCACGUAUUAUGAACCCUCAGAUUACGAGUAUUCUGAUGAAGAGGAGGAUGGAGAAGACGUCAGGAAUGCCCAGACGGGUAUUGUCACUCCAGACGAAGCCGACAGUGGGGAAGACCAACAAGAGGCCUCUGCUGCCUCGGCCGAGUCCCAGGAAACACGAGGUACAGCUGCGAUAACCAGCAUCCAGCGCAUAGCCAGCAACGACAGUUUGAAGAGCGAAACAGCGUCAAGUCCCGUCAAGGCUCAAUACCCUGGGUCGGAGCAAAGGCAAAGCGAGGAAUCUCUUCAGCGAUCUAGGAAAGGAGUGGUCAGGAACACCGAUUCCUUCUUCAGAGAUGACACGGUCGAGACGAAGAAGAUCUCAUUAACGCCACGACUGUUACGGGGAGAUUCUGAUUCUGGGGCCUCUGCGGAACAAGAAGUACGCCAACGUGCAAGCCUGGAAACAUUCGACAAGCUGGUCGGCCCGGACGACAAAUCCAAGGAGAAGAAAAAGGAAAAGAAGGGUAUGCUGAGCGGGCUAUUCAAGCGUAAGAAGGGCGGUGCGCAGGAUGAGCCCGAAAAAAUUGGCGAGGACGCCCGGCAGUCGCCAGGCUCGAAAGAUUCGGCGGAGUCGUUGUCCAUGAAAUCCGAAGGAGGCCCUGAACGCAAGCCGAGUAAAUUGCAGAAGACCCCUCCAGUUCUAUCACCAAAGGCGUCUCCCACUGAGGCACGGCAUCCCCAACAGUCACUAGGCCCGACACCUGCGGCUCUGACAGCCACUGUCCCCGAACCACUGACAGUGCGAAAAGCUGAUCCCGAACCUCAGCAAUCGGAGGCGCUGCAGCAGUCCCAGCCGGCACAGGUCAACCGCUUCCCUUCUCUCACCGAGAAGAGGUCAAUCUUCUCACCUAUAACGACAGCGCUCAAGACGACACCUUCAACCGGUGCAGACAAUGGCUCGCCAAAUAAGCCGGUCUAUUCGAAACGAGCCAAAGAAAGAUUUGCAAUCGACGAGAGCGACUCUGAGACAGACGACAAGAAGGCUAAAGUAGAAGAGCAGGGUCGCAAAAGCGUGUCUCCUAUCACAGACCCACAGGGACCAGCACAAAGGUCAGACUCUGCCAUGCAGAUUUCACCUGUGCUCGCUUCGGCACCUGGCAGAUUUGGAGAAGGUACGAGUCAAAAGCAGGCACCGGCAGUUCUUAGUUCAUCUCCACUACCGCACGAGACUCAUCCACCUGAGUCUGAAGGGACUGCUAGUACCUCGAAGCCGUCGCCUUCUUCGGCCACUCAUACUCCAUCGACGUCAAGGUCUACACCGACGUGGUCUGACGCAUCGUUAAGAUCAUACAUGGAGAACAGCCAAGAUAUCAAAGACCUACUCAUUAUUGUCCACGACAAGUCCAACGUAACGCCAGUCGGACCGGAUCACCCGCUCAUGAACAACCUUUUCCAGGAUGAGCGAACGAAGCUGUCAGAGAUGCAGUCACAACUGGAUACCAUGCUAAUGUCUUGGAUCUCAAAGAAAAACCCGAACUUAAUGCCUACGACGACUUGA